GUGGGGAGGGGAGGGGAGGGGGUGGUUGCACGGCUGGUGAGUAUGAAGCUGGCGGGGGGCGGUGUGAGGGGUCGGGGUGGCCCUGGACUGGCGGUGGCGGUGGCGGCGGUGGCGGCGGUGCUGGUGCUGAGCGGCCCGCGCUCUGUGCGCACCGAAGAGAAAUCGUGCCACGCGGCGUUUGACCUCUACUUCGUGCUGGACAGGUCCGGGAGCGUCGCAACAAAUUGGGGUGAAAUCUACGGCUUCGUAAAAGAAUUGGUUAACCGCUUCGUCAGCCCACAGAUGAGAAUAUCUUUCAUUGUGUUUUCAUCCAAUGCUGAUGUGACAAUGCCACUAACUGGCAACAGGAACCAAAUCAGUGAAGGUCUUAAAAACCUUAAAGCCGUAAUCCCAGUGGGGGUCACCAACAUGCAUUUAGGGAUUGACAAGGCCUCUGAACAAAUCAAUCAGGAAAAUGGUUUGAAGACUGCAAGUGUCAUUAUUGUUCUCACUGAUGGCAAGUUAGUUGAAAUGCUGCUGCCCUACGCUUUGAAAGCAGCUACAAAAGCCAGAAAUCUCGGAGCAAAAAUCUUUUGUGUUGGAGUCAAAGACUUUGAAACUGAACAGCUGGAACAAAUUGCUGAUUCAUCGCAUUAUGUUUUCCCUGUUACUGGAGGAUUUCAUGCUUUAAAAGGAAUAAUUGAUUUGAUUUUAAAGAAAUCCUGCACUGAAAUUUUGACAGUGGAGCCUUCUAGCGUAUGUGCUGGAGAACAAUUUGAAAUCAUGCUCAGGGGAAACGGCUUCAAGUUAGGCCACAGCCAGGCUCAAAUCCUAUGCAGCUACCACAUAAAUGCUUCAAAAACUAUCAAUGAGAGACCAAGCCAUGUGACGGAUAAUUACCUACUGUGCCCAGCACCCGUGCUGCAGGAAGUGGGGCAAGAAGUGUUUGUGCAAGUGAGUUUGAAUGAUGGGAAGACAUUCAUCUCCAGUUCAGUUACCAUCACCGCCACGACUUGUUCUAAUGGGCUAGCUGUCGUCAUUGCCAUCCUAAUUUUACUGAUACUUAUUGGGCUGGUAUUGUUCUGGUGGUUUUGGCCACUCUGCUGUAUAGUGGUAGUAUUAAGUCCUCCUCGACCACCACCACCUCAAAAAGAGGAGCCUAUACCAGAUGCAUCCCCAAAAACGAAGUGGCCAACUGUUGAUGCCUCAUACUAUGGCGGCAGAGGUGUUGGGGGCAUAAAACGAAUGGAGGUCCGUUGGGGAGAUAAGGGAUCUACUGAUGAAGGGGCAAGGUUGGAAAAGGCUAAAAAUGCUAUGGUGAAAAUGGCAGAAGAUGAAGAGGAAUCUCUUAAUCCAAGACCACAAGCCAGACCCACUCCUCCCACUCAACCAGUACCGAAGUGGUACGAUCCAAUUAAGGGCAGACUUGAUGCACUGUGGGCACUGUUGCGUGGGCAGUAUAACCGAGUAUCUUUGAUGCGACCACAGAAGGGGGAUGAGGGCCGGUGCAUAAACUUCAACCGAGUUUAGGGAGAGUGAAGUCGGUGAAGCUUGAGUCACAUCAUUAUCUGUAUUACCUGCUGAGGAACUGUGCAGGGAUCCGCACUCUUAAUGGAUAUUUACCACGUUACGCAAAAGGUUCUUCUAAUAUAUGAAAUAAAUCAUCUCUGCUGUGCUUUGGAUUUGCUCUUGUCACAAAACUGCAGCUGGAAUGACGAACAUUCCUUCCUCAGUACUCCGCUACGAGAAGUAUACCGAGAUAACUUCACGGAUGAUCUCUCUAUCUGCUUUUCACCGCAAUUAACACACCCAGUGUAAUGACACCUCAGCAACGGCAGAAACCCAAAACAAGCACACAAGAAAAUCCAUCAAUUCUUACCAUUUUAUGGUCACUUAGAACUUUCUUUCCAGUGCGAUUGUGGUUUGCCCACAGUGUGCUGUUUUGGAUAACCAAAUUUUACAGACAGAGUGUAUUGUCAAAAUAGAGCCUAUUAGCCACAGGCGGAGCAGCAAUCCCACCAGGCCUACUCAGUGCAAAAGUUCAUUGCCUUUUGGCGAUGUCACAUCACAAAAUCUUUCCAACUUCACCACUUUACAAUGCCUUACGGGAGCCUUCUGACUGUAAAUCUUGUCAUUUUCCACUGAAAAGUGCACACGCAUGACAAAAUGUAGACAGGAUGCCCCAAGGUAUAGGAAUCAGCUAGACUUUGCCCUUUAGUUUUUGAAGACACCUUUCUUUCAUUAUGUUCCAGGGAAAGAGAAUUAAUAGAGCGUUAUCUUAUAGCAGCACAGCCUAUAACCAAAGAUCUUCUGCAGAAAUUGAGACGGUGAUGUUCGGAGGCCCUGGGAUAGUGGCUGGUGUUUUGCCAUUCCUCUGGUCUUGUGUUCAGUAGCGCAUAAAACGUCAUCAUAUUAGGGCACACUCACUGAUCUGCUUACUUUUAUUAAACAAAGAAAUAAAUAAAAUAGAACGGAGCAGUCCUGUUACAACCCAAGGUUGUGUAUGCUGGUAUUCUCCCAUUCUUCAAAUCUCCAAGGGCUCGGCAGUGUCACAAGCCAGCAACUCUCUUUGCAUGAGAAUUUCAAAGUUUAAUUAAUAUAAUUAAAGGCAACAGCAAGCAGCAGCCUGUGAAGAUUUUGCUCAUCUUUUUUAUGCCUUUUGACAUUGAAUGACCUAUUACCGUAUCUGCUUUGCUUGGAUUUUAAAAGGUACUUUACACUGGUUAUAUACAAUAGAGAAAUAGGUACCCUAUUUCUAGCCAAAAUAUCAAGUUUUUUAUUCCUUUUGUAGCCCCUUCCCAAAUAUUGAGGAAUAAUAUAUUUAAUGCAAUAUUUUCCAACCGUCUUGUCAACACGACAAUCCCAAAUGAUGUCAGUGUGAGCGGAAACACUGUGGGGGAGAAAAAAGCAGCAGCUGAAAAAAAGCUCGAAUGAUGCAGUCACUUUCGAUACUGUACUUGAGAUGCAAAAUGGAUAUUCGAGUCGAAACCUGACAAAGCGCGCCUACUUUGAUGUGAACUGGUAUAGACAAUGACCAGUGGCUGGGUCAGUGGGAUGUCUCUCUGCGAGCAGAGAAGCUUAUCAAAUGACACUAAAAAUAAGUUCAACAACCAUCACAUUUGAGGGAACAGGCGAACACUUCACAUUUGGUGGGCAAGCAAGUGCGCGAGAUGGGAAGAACGAUAGUGAAAAGUCCUGGUCUAAUUAUCCUUUUGAGCUGUUCAUCAAAAUCAUAUGGGACAUGAAUAUUUCCUUUGGUUUACAUGAAAAAAAUUGCGGUGUUGCCACAGCAGCUCUGUUUAUAACUACUUGCUUAAUCUUUUGCUCAUUAUUAUUUACAGUAAUGGCAAAAUUGUAAAGUGCUACCUAUCAGAUUGUCACAAAAUAAAUGUUAUUAGAAUUUUUAAA